GUCAUGCUGCGAUUGGCUAGAAAGCGUGUCAGCGUUUGAAUGGGACUCUCCGUAUCCAUUUUUCUGUGAUGUACAUAGACGCCGGCUGCAACAAUGGGGCCGUUAAGAGUCAUGUCCGUGUUUGUGGAUUUAAUGUUAGUGUGUUUGGCGUUUUCUCCGUGCGGCGCUCGUGAUGUGGACUCCAGCUACGUGACGUGUGGAUCUCUGGUCAAACUGAUGAACACUCGGCACAGCGUCAGACUGCACUCGCAUGAUGUCAAAUACGGCUCAGGAAGCGGGCAGCAGUCAGUAACGGGUGUGGAUUCAGCUGAUGAUGCCAACAGCUACUGGCGUAUUCGUGGAAAACCAGGCAGCGUUUGCCAGCGUGGGGCACCCAUUCGAUGCGGACAGGCCAUCAGAAUCACACACAUGACCACCGGACGCAACCUGCACUCCCAUCACUUCAGCUCGCCGCUGUCUAACCACCAGGAAGUGAGUGCGUUUGGGGAAAAUGGAGAAGGAGACGAUUUAGACGUCUGGAACAUCCAGUGCAGUGCCACAUACUGGGACCGUGAGGACGCGGUGCGAUUUAAACACACCGGCACCGAGGUUUUCCUCAGCGUUACCGGAGAGCAGUACGGUCAUCCAAUCAGAGGCCAGCGUGAGGUCCAUGGAAUGCCUUCGCCCAAUCAGCAUAACUACUGGAAGGUGAUGGAGGGGGUUUUUAUUCAGCCCAGCAGUGACCCUAUUCAUCACGACGAGCUCUGAUGAUGCCGAUACAUCAAUGUUGUGAACUGCAAAAAAACCUUUCUAUAUACAUUUAUCGGUCCAAUUCUUAUAUACGUGUUGCAGAUUUGUCACUUCUACACAUUUGCUUCGGAGACAGAAGUCACGCACAAUAUGUACAUCACAGACAAAUAGAUGAAAAGGUUUGUUUUACUGGAUUUCUUAUGAAGGGAAUUUGUUAUUUGUACAUAAGGGAAAAAAAGGGCAAGGUUUUGGGCCACAAAAUCGACUUAUUUAUUUUAGAAUUAAAUAUUACACUGGAACAAAUUACAUUGUUGACUUGCAAAAUAAUUUUGGCCAUCCUGAAAUAUUACUGGAUUUACUGUGGGGAAAGUGUAAACUGGCUAUUUCUGUUUUGGUAACACUUCACAAUAAGGUUCAAUUAGUUAAUGCAUUAAUUUAA